AUGGUUUUCACUGAUACCAACACAGCUGUCACAGUAGAAAUGGUUUAUAAAGGAACAGCCUACAAGAAAGGACAGUUCCUUGUCACAGGAAUGGAUGACGUAGAGCCAAGCAACAUAAGCAGUGCCAUUACUAAUGUGUUACCAGACCUACCAACCUCAAAUCUAAAUAUUGUAUUGGAGACAUUACAAUCUUUAGGUGUGGGAGCCACUGAAGAUUUACAGUAUAUUAAGGAAGCUGAUCUGCUCACAGUACUGAGACCAGUUCAAGCUAGAAAACUGUUGGCUGCAUGGAAACAAUCCACAGAGACAACUGAAUUCCAUAGUCAGUCAACAUUGACCUCUCCAGUGUCCUCAGCGUGCUCCUCAGUCUCACUGUCUUCCUCACCCUCACCCUCACCAUCACCCAGACACAUGAUUGCUACUGCAGAUUGGGUCGACAGCUUCCAGAUUCCAUGGGAGAAGCUCCCAGAAGCCUUAAUGCAGAGUUUGGAGAGAGGGAAAAGGCCAAGCUCAAAGUUACGCAGAGAACUGAUCCGAAUUGUAGUUGCUGAAAUGAUGCAUGCCUCUUCUUCUCCUGGUAAACAAUCCUCCACAGAGGUUGCGAAGAAAAUGGUAGCAAAGUAUCCACUGUCACUGCAAGAUGUUAUAGAAGGUGAUGUGGUAGGAACAGGAUAUCACUCACUCGUCAAGCAGCUGCAAGCACGAAUUGAAAAUGUAAAGCGGUCUUCAGUACCAAGAAUAUUGAAGCGCAGACGGGGGUCAGAUGAAUUUGACACAGAUGAAAUCACAGCUGAACAGAGGGCAGCUGUUCAGGACACAUAUGGCUGCAUAAAGUGGGAAAUGAAGUUUAUGCCAGUGAGUGAGACACUGGAAAGCCAAGAAGAGAAAAAAGAGAAAAUGAAAGUGAUAUUUGAACAGGCAACCUUCAACACAGAGGAGGUAAAACAUCUCAUGAAGUGCACAUACUUCUCCCAGCGUAAAUCAGUGAACAGUGGAACCGAUCUGCAAUUCCUCAUGCAAGAGUGGCCUUUCUUAUUCAAGGAAGUUGGCAUGGCAGUUCACUUUCAUGAAUUAACUGGUGUUUCCCUGAAAGAGACUUUCCUCAGUAAUGUUGAAAAAAAAGGAAAACGUGUUUUAGAUUUCAUGAGAAGUGUUUGUACAGAAAAAAGCAAACAUGUUUUGCAAGCGGCCACAAAGCUGAAAAUUCUGAGAGGACAGCUGGAGGGCUGCUCAGAAGAUGUAAAAGAUCUGGUGCUCCUCAUCCUCUCCUACUUUAAUGAAAAAGAGGAGGACUUGUUCUUCUAUGUGGAAGAAACUUGUAUGGCAAAAGAAGUACAAGUGGAAGGCUUACCUGUGACUCCAUGCAUCAUUGUAUGCGGAACAUCAUGUUAUGCUGCAAAGCAUUUCAUGCUGAGUGUUGACCAGAAAAUUGUCAACGAAUACAUCUCCACCUUCAUCUCGGCUGUUUGCAUGAUGUUUGCAACCUACUACUGCCUCAACAUUCACUAUCCUGUGGGUCUGGGCUCCACACUUGAGUUUAUUCAGAGGUGUUUCUUCAACAUCAAUCCUGAGAAGGGCACAAAAGUGGAAACUAAGAAAAACAAGAAACAGCUAACAGUGAAUCCAAGAGUCCUCACACUCAUUGCAGAUCUCUCAGAUCAUGAGUGGAGAGAGGCAUGUUAAAUAUGGACUUUCAGUUCACAUCAUUUGAAGUGUUAACACAACACGUAUACACCACUAAUUGAGUUUUCAGUUUACCUUAUCUGUUAACCACCAACAAAGAAAGUACGCUUUUAGUAUUUGGGUUAAUGAUAAUGUUUUAUUGAGCAUUGUUUUUGUUUAAUUGGUAAACUGGCUUAUUCCAGAUUUUGUUAAAAGUACAAUGUAACAGACAUUUUUGUUAAAGGCUGCAUUUGUUCCAUUUUUUUUCUAGUUUUCAUUGAGGGAAAGAGCAAAUUUAUAUACUAAAUUUAUUUUUCUAAAGA